UUGCUCUAACCUAUGCUUUCUUUUUUUUAGCUCAUGGGACAUUCAGAAUGCGACCAUAAACGAGGACCCAGAGGAUCACAGUCAUCAGGCACCAGUAUUACAGUGGAUAUUGCUGUCAUGGGAGAAGCGCAUGGGCUUAUUACAGACCUGUUGGCAGAUCCUUCAUUGCCACCCAAUGUGUGUACUUCCCUGAGAACAGUGAGCAAUCUGCUUAAUACACAGUUAACAUUCCAGGCUAUUCAUAAGCCAAGAGUCAACCCUUUGGUGUCAUUCAGUGAAAACUAUACUUGCUCUGACUCAGAAGAAUGUCCAGAAAAAGGAGAAAAGCUGGCUAUUCCCAAGCGCUUACGAAGGAGUUUGCCUCCAGGUCUACUGAGACGUGUGUCAUCAACUUGGACCACAACGACAUCGGCAACAGGAUUACCUACCUUGGAGCCAGCACCAGUGAGAAGGGACCGUAGUGCCAGUAUCAAACCUUAUGAAUCUUCUUCAUCCAGCACUGACCCUUGGAACAGCUCAAUUCUGAUGACCGUCACAAAAAGCAGAUCUUUUUCAGCUUCCUAUGCAAUGGCUGCUACGAACCAUUUGAAUUCCAAAAGGCAAACCCGACAAGGUAUCCCACCAAACAUUUCACCUCUCACCUCUCCAUGCCAUUCCCCUAUCCAGGGGACUCCAGCUACCAGUCCCACAGGCAAAACCUCUACAGUCCAAUUUCCAGAUGCUACUGACACUGACACAAAGGAAGGCCUGAGGCCACACAAGGUUUUAACUUCUACUCAGAGUGCACCUAACCUUUCAGAGCAAACUCUACCACCCCCUGUUAUCUGCAGCAGCUGUGGCAGACCAUAUAACCAGAGGGAUUCUGGCGAUGCGACUCUGGAUCAAGGUGAUGGAACAACAACACACGCUCUGAACAGAACAGAUGAUCCAGCUCAAGCCACUUCUGACUACGAAACCAACAACAGUGACAGCAGUGACAUCGUACAAAACGACGAUGAGACAGAUUGUUCCAAAGAACAGACACAGAAGGGCUCUGUCUGCAGGACGUAUGCACCUGAGACCAUCAUAUUGCACCCUUUAUUGCCACCUGAGGACAAGCCUAUUCUUGCUCCAGAGCCUCUUGUCAUGGACAACUUGGAUCCCUUAAUGGAGCAACUGAACAGUUGGAACUUCCCAAUCUUUGACUUGGUGGAAAAAAUAGGGAAGAAAUGUGGUCGAAUCCUCAGCCAGGUAUCAUACAAGCUUUUUGAAGAUAUGGGUCUGUUUGAAACCUUUAAAAUUCCAGUGAGGGAGUUCAUGAACUACUUUCACGCACUGGAGUGUGGAUACCGAGACAUACCUUAUCACAACAGAAUCCAUGCAACUGAUGUUCUACACGCUGUUUGGUACCUUUCCACCCAACCCAUCCCAGGACUCCCAACUGUGAUUAAUGACCAGGGGUCAGCGAGUGAUUCGGAUUCUGAUAGUGGAAUCACUCAUGGUCACAUGGGAUACGUGGUUUCAAAGAUGUAUACUCCUACAGAUGACAGCUAUGGUUGCCUUUCUGGCAAUAUCCCAGCCCUAGAAUUGAUGGCCCUUUAUGUAGCAGCAGCCAUGCAUGACUAUGAUCAUCCAGGAAGGACCAAUGCCUUUUUGGUUGCAACCAGUGCACCUCAGGCUGUGCUGUAUAAUGACCGCUCUGUUUUGGAGAAUCAUCAUGCAGCUGCUGCGUGGAAUCUUUUCAUGUCCAGGCCAGAGUAUAACUUCUUAGUCAAUCUCGACCAUGUGGAAUUCAAGCAUUUCCGGUUUCUUGUAAUUGAGGCCAUUUUGGCCACUGACCUGAAGAAACACUUUGAUUUUGUAGCAAAAUUCAAUGCCAAGGUGAACGAUGAUGUUGGAAUUGACUGGAGUAAUGAGAAUGACCGCAUGCUUGUUUGUCAAAUGUGCAUCAAACUGGCUGACAUCAACGGGCCUGCUAAAUGCAAAGAAUUGCAUCUGCAGUGGACAGAAGGCAUUGUUAAUGAAUUUUAUGAACAGGGUGAUGAAGAGGCCAGUCUUGGCCUUCCUAUUAGUCCUUUCAUGGAUCGCUCGGCUCCCCAGUUGGCAAACCUUCAGGAAUCUUUCAUUUCUCACAUCGUGGGACCACUGUGUAAUUCCUAUGACUCAGCAGGACUGAUGCCAGGGAAAUGGGUAGAAGAUAGUGAUGAAUCAGGAGACACCGAUGAGAAUGAAGAAGAAGAAACAGGAGAAAUGGAAAUGUGUGAAAACUCUGAAUCCAGAAAGAAGAAAUUCAAGAGGAGGAAAAUCUACUGCCAGAUCACUCAGCACCUGCUUCACAACCAUAAAAUGUGGAAGAAAGUAAUUGAAGAUGAAGAAAGGUUAGCAGGGAGAGAAAAGCAAGGUGUAGACCAAUCUACACUGCACCAAUCCUCAGAACAAAUUCAGUCCAUCAGGGAAGAAGAGGAGGAGAAAGGGAAACCCAAAGAGGAGGAAGAAGAGAAUACAACUAUUGAACUGAAACAAUGACAAUAUUUUCAGCAGUAUUUUAGACUAAAGGACUUGUGCACAGACUCCUUUUCCAAGCCAGCACAACGUUUAGACACAACACUGUAGAAGUAUGGGAUAAUGCGCCUACAACUGUUUAAUUUGUUUCUAUUUCCUUUUUAUGGUGAGGUACAUUGUUUAAACUCCUCUGCUCAAGGAAGCUUUCACACUGCAACACCGGCUUUUACAGACAUUCUUAAAGGGGUUGUGGGGGGAUGGAAUUAUAUACAUAGCCAGAAUUAUUGGCUGUGCACUUCAGCAAAAUACAUUUAAUGAUAUAUUAUGGUCACUGUGAUAUUACAGAAGGAAGUUGUCAGCAGAAAUGCUGCUUCUAAAGCACAUUUGCAGUUAACUGUAAGGUACCUGUUAAGUAGCUUUUGCUCUUACUGCUGAAGGCUAAAAGUUCCAAAGCUUUAUCAGAAUGCUGAUACAUCCUGCCAACAUAUAUGUGUGUGGGGGCAUGUGUGUGUGUUUGGGUGGAUGUAAUAUAUUAUAAUGUGGUGUGAGUUCUUAUUAGACUAGUAUAGCACAUGGCUCAAGACAUGUGAACAAACAGAAGGCCCCAGGUUUAGGAAAUUUGUGCCAAUUGGAAAGUGGAGCCCUUUGUAAGGUGCUCUGGUUUUGCAGUAGCUCCUGAAGUCUCCUUUCACAUUCUGGCUGCAGGCACUGCUGCCUUUCAGCAGGAGCCAACCCACUCAGGCAGCUGAGGUGGUAUCACUUAGUGGCACUGAGCUCCCAACCACCUGGAACCACCUUUUGUCAAGCCUCUGGCAACAGGAAUGUGCCAUGAGAUCUGUUCUCUCAGAAGAGUUAAAGGAGGUUUGUGGUGGCGCGCAUUGUUACUGAUCUUCACAGAAGCUGGCCCUCUGCACACCUUUGAAUGAGUUUAUGGUUUCAGAGGGCACUGAGCGUGUGCAAGACAGAAAGCAUGGAAAUCAGUUGAACACUAUCAUUCUUCCCCCCAGCCUUACAUUUCCCCAUGUCAGUGGCCAAACACAUUUUAAAAUUGAAGCUUAAAUUAUCAUUUAUUAAAUGCAGCCAGAGGAGAGCUGUGGGACCAUGCGGCUGCUUGAGAUCAAAAGGCAAUUAGUGCUUUACCAGAAAGGUGGGCAUAAGGGACAGCUGCUUGUCCACAUUAGCCAGAUACUUAUGCCUCAGCAACCACUCGCACCAGCUUCAGAGAAUGUGGUCUGGCAGCAAAGCUGCUUGAUCCCACCAAUGUACUGUUUUGCUCUUUAUUAUAAUUAUAAUUAUUAUUAUUAUUAUUAUUUUUAAGAAAAAAAUUGGGCCUGUAGAAAAACAGAUCAUUCUUUUUUGUCUGUUUCUCUGUUGUUUAUGCUGUGAGCCAAACGUCUAUUUAAAAGGUUGAUAUUCACUUUCAUUAUUUUAUUUCACAAUAUUAUAUUUGUCAGUGAUUAGUUAUCUAGAUGUAAAUAUGGAGAAAUUUUUAUGGGUUCCUGUAGAUAAUGAAAUCUUUAAGAAAAAAAAAAGGGGGAGGGGGAAAUGUUUUUGUAAAGGUAAUUUUUUAAAAACACCAUUUUUUAUAAAGAGUAGCCAUUUCCAUGCCCAACAAAUGAGGUCUUGAGUGGUUUGUAUAGAGCCCUAUGGGAAAUCACUGGUCUACAGUAUCAAGGAAUUGACAUAUUAAUGUUUACUGUUGACUGUGUAGCAUCAGUUAUUAUCAUGCAAGCUAAAGAUUUAUGGUCCUACAAAAGACUCUGAGUUUAGUAUCUCACAGGAGAGUGGACUGAUGAUGUAUUUCUGUUAGAAUGUGAUCUUGCCGUCCUUGUCUAACAAAUGGGAUUCAGCAAGGCUACUUAUAUGAGUAAAAAAUUGCUUGCAAAAGUAAAAGCUUGCAGGAGCAGCCCCUCCUGUAUCAACUCAAGUUUCUGAUAUAUCUAGCCCUCACCUCCUUGUAAUUAUGCCCUUCACAGGAUUUCAUGAUUCAUUGGUACCUCUUGGAAAAUGACAGAAAACAUUCUGUUCUAAACCAA